AUGAGUAUUAUCGCAGAAAUUCUUCAUGUUGCAGCCGAGGUGGAUGUAAAUGAUGUUAAUAGAAUGGUCCCGGAGCUAAAAGACAAAACAGAAAAGUUACAAAUUGAAGUAUUUGAUCAUAUCGAAAAUGUCAUUUUUAAAUUUAGUACACCAGCAAAAUCUAAAGAAAAUCGGAUGUUAUUAAAAAAGGGACUGCAAGCUAAGCAAACUCUAUCAGAUCUGAAACACAAAUCAGAAUUUAUUGCAAAUAAACAAGCAAAAGAAAUAAACACAAGUUUAAGCAAAAACCUUCUAGAUUUAGAAGAUAUUGAUUUUACAUUGAAAAUUGUGCUUAAUGUGCUUCAGAUAUUAGAGUUAAUAAAUGAAUUGGAUUUUACAUCAAGUAAACAAGACUAUUUAAAAUGUUCUGAAAUUUUGGAGGAUUUGGUAGAAAGAAUAAAUUCAGUCCCUGACAUUGAAAAAUUUGAAGUGAUUGAUGAGCUGAAUAGGGUGGUACUGCAGAAGAAAUAUGAGUUUGUAGUAUAUUUGGAACAUAUUCUUAAUGAAAAUAUUAGCAUAAAAGAUGAGCCUGAUAACAAAAGUGUAGUGCUAUCAGUAAGGAAUUUUAACAAUGAUGUUCAACUUGUCAUAAAGGCACUGUUUUAUGGAAAUAAAACAAUUGGGUUUCUUCAUUGUUUGGCAAAAUCUCUAUGGGAACUAAUUUUCAUGCCAUUAUUAAGUUACAAAGUUUCUAUCAGUGAAACUGAAGAAAGUGGCUUUAAAAAGCUAACAUUGCAGAUCCAAGACCAAUCACAAAAAUCAUAUUAUGAAACAGUGUUCAGUAAUUUGAAACAUAUACUAGCAUUUCUAAUUCAAAAUUUUAAAUAUAAUAUUAACGAAGAUAUGAUUACUUUGGAGUAUAUUGGAAUGGAUAUUAGUGAUAAAUUAUCAGAGCUCAUUAUUAACAGUUGCCUCUGGGAUACAAUUCCAUCCACCAAAGAGGAAUUAAGGAAUUUUAAAGUUGUAUUAGAUCAAGUCGGUGAAUUAGAGCAAGCUUUGUUGGAUGCUAAAAUUUUUAACAAAGACACUUUGUCCAUUUUGGAAUACGUGAAGAAUGUUGAUGUAUUAUUUGUGAAUAAAAAAUGUCAACAAUAUUGGGAAACUGCUAAAGAUAUUAUGAAAAAAGAUUUGCAUGAUGUCAUUGAAGUCGGUGUUCCAUAUGAUUCACAAUAUCCGCUAGGUCGCGAAAUGAAUGACUUCCCACAGUGUUCAGUUUCUAAAAAUGUUGAAGAACUUUUAAACCUAGCAAAAUUACUUUUGGAGGAAGCAAUGCAUGAAUUUCGAGAACAAUGCAAUCAUUUAUUCUGCGCUGUCGAGAAAAUCUUUGCGAUGUACCGUGAAUUAGUACCAGAAUAUCACAAGAACUAUUUGCAAAGCCUUCCGCAGCAAGUGGCAUUAUUUCAUAACAACUGUUUAUAUGCUGCGCAUGUGCUAAACAACUGGAACGCAGAGUACUGCCUCCAAUUAAGAAGUGAAUCAGUUUUUCACGAUUUUACGAAUGAAGCAAAUAAACUUAGGCUUGUUGCUGUUCAAACUUUAGGUAAUUUUAUGCAGGGACAGGAGAAGCAGAUCAAUGAAAUUAUGUCUGGAGCAUGUCUGAAUGGAGCUACCUUAGAAAAACUAGAUCCUAUGACAGAAAAAUGUGUUAGACAGUGUUUAAGGCAACAAGAACUUUUAAAAACUGUUUGGCAAAAGGUUCUUUGUUACAACACAUAUAAUAAGAAUAUUGGGUGUCUGGUGAACACACUUUGUGUGUUUGUCAUAAAAUCAUUGGUAAAUUUUGAAGAUAUAUCUGCAGAAGUUGCGGACCAAAUGGCUGAUGUUUUAAAGCUGAUAAUUACAAGAGCACCCAAAUUAUUUGCUAAUCCUAAAGAAAUUGUGCUUUAUGUUCCAUCGUGGUAUAAAUUUAAUGAAAUGCAUUUUAUUUUAAGUGCCAGCUUGAUGGGUAUCAGUGACAGGUGGGCUGAUGGAAAAGGACCAUUGGCAUUACAAUUUGAAUGUGAUGAACUAAAGCAACUUAUACAAGCGUUGUUUCAAAAUACUGAUAGAAGAGCUGCAGUAUUAUCAAAAAUUAACACAAUUUGAAAAAAUUACCUUGUCUAAAAUUUAUUUCCUACCCUAUCCUGUCCUUGGCUAGGCCACAGUAUUCAGACCUUCCUUACCGUUUAUGUUCAGUGUGUGAAUAGCUUCUCCAAGAAUCAAGAAAUCAACUUUCAAUGGUUUAC